GACUCGACUUGUCUGUUGUUCCGGGCUGUAAAAACGUGAUUAACCGCAGAGACUGAGAAACCCCGAUUUCUCAAUCAGAACGAGGAGGAAGCUGACAAACAGCAGUGCUUGAAUUUCAGGCUGGUUUCGAUUUUGAUUUCUACUCACGGUUCAAGUGAUUUUAUACUUCACUUUCUUCUCCAUUCUGAAACGUUUGAACACAUUUCUUUAACCGCAUAUUGCUGCAGUCAUUGUUCGGAGCAGGGUAUUGAGUGCAUUUCUGAGAAUGGCUAUGUAUAUCCGUGUAAAGCGUAGCAAGACAACUUACUUUAUACAGUGUGAUCCAACUGAGACAAUUUUGGACAUCAAGCAGAAAUUGCUAAACCUGAUUGAUCAGCCUGUUAACAAUCAACGGCUAAUCUUAUUAGGGACUGGGGAAACCUUAGAGGAUUCAAAAACAUUGGCAGAUCAAAAGGUCGAAAAUGAUGCUGUCGUGGCAUUAACAUUGAGGAAAGGAACCUGCCUCGUGCCUUUUUGCUGUUGAGUUACGUAUUGCAGUAACUGCACAUAGCAAGGGCAAAACGCAGAUCAUUCUCAGGGAUUGUUACAGUAGUAAAUACAUAAACAACCGAAGCCAAUGCACACUCCGGCACCACCAGGUUCUUUUGAACAUUCCUGCUCGCAUUUCUUCGACUCACAUGUCCCCGGGCUUAUUAUUUUUUGACAAACGUCCUCUGAGUCCGCUGUUCUUGCUGCCUCAACUCCGUGGAUACCCACGUCUUGGCCGAGCUCGGCUGUUUGGGAGGUAAGAAAAGAUGGAAGUUCUGUCAAACUUUUGUAUUCUUGUGCACUUCGGUCUGUUCAAAUUAAUUGAUAGCGGACUCUUUAAGGUACGAAUCUUGUAUUCUCAUUGUGAAUCUUCUUUAUCUUUAAACGCAGCAUCUAUAAAUAUAAAUACAUAUGUGUAUAUAUAUGUAUAUGUAUGUAUUUCCACAGCAAAAUAGUUGCAUUUGUAGGGACUUUUGAAACUCCUCCACUCUUGAAAAGAGAAAGAAAGAGUGCCCAACUGCCCAGACAGGGCUGUCACUGGAUUAUAUAUAUAUAUAUAUAUAUGUGUAUACUCCAGUAUACGGCUGGAUUUAAGUAGAAUUUCAAUAAUUUUGUAAUUGAAAUGAGUGUAAAUCUGUGAAAGAGAAUAUCAGAAAUUAAGAUUUAUUUAUUUCAGAUAAUAAAUUAAAUACUACUAAUUAAUUUGUUGGUAGGAGAAGAACCUGAGAGAAGAAACACGAGCACAAAAGACAUGAAGCACAUCCCCCAAAUCUUCACCAUUCCACUUCCUCUGUGUUAUAA